AUGGGUGCUAGAGUGGUAGAAAACUCGGGAGUCGAUGUUGGAGUUGCAGUGGACCCCAGAGCUGAUGUUAGACUUGCGGAAGAUCCACAGACGGAACAGAAUUUCACUGCAAGAGAGAGUGACUGGGGCUUCGAAUCCUUCAUUCCAUUGAGUGAAGUCCGUGACAGCAAUAACGGGUAUCUAGUUAACAACACUUUGACGGUUGAGGCUGAGAUUUUGGUCCCCCAACCGCUGGUUGAAAAUACUCAGUUGGCUGAACCUCCUGCAAAAGUUCCUCAGGCAACACCAACAGAUACGUUCGACACAUAUUUCACAAUUCUUGAGGAAAUUAUUAACGCUGCUCAGAGUUCGCCCGCCAGAGGAGGGUCGAACGCGAGCAAUCAAAAAGGUGCUCUUUUGACAUCUGAGGCUCCAACCAUGGAAGAAGUAGAGAGGGCUAAGCUGUCUUUGAAGGAGUGCCUUUCUGAUAUCUUCAAGCUAAACGUAAAAGACAGAUUGGCUGAAGCAAUGUCGACGUUAAGCAUAGCCAAAAGCGGGUUAUCACAGGACCAACAGAAGUCAAUCACGGCCUUUUGGACCAACUUUGAUGAGUUCACUUCCGACUUUUUGACCUUCGAGCAGGACAAUGCCGAAUUCGAGCUGCAGAAAUUGCUGAAGGAUCAAAUGUUUGCGACAAUGAAGAAGAAUCACGAGACUCACAUCUUGUAUAAGCAGUUGUUGGGUGACCUGACCAAAGAGGAGGAAGAGUUCAAUAAAAAACUCGAGGAAGUGAAGUCUAGGAGAGAAAAGCUCAUUUCGGACUGAGAGAUUUUGAUGGUCGAGUCGGAAGAAGCGAAAUCUGGGUACAAGGAUCAAGAGAAGCAAGUAGUGCAGGCAGAGGAAAAGAAGAGAGUAGCUGAGGAAAGAAUGUCUAGAUCGACCACUGCUUGGUCAAAUCUGAAGACGCAAUUUUGUUGAAGCCUUUCGGCUUGGAUCAGAAC